AUGGAGCAUGCUGGGGCCAAGCAGCUGGUGGUCCAGGCGCAGCUGAUCGAUGAGGUGGAGGCCACGGCCUCGGCGCUCAACAUCGCCACUUCCUUCCUGCGGCUGAACCGCCCCGACGGCCACCCAGACUACGUCCACGUCCUGCGCAUCCACCCCGACAAGCUGGAUCCGGUGGAGGAGGACCAGCUGCACCGGAGGCUGGGAAAGCGCUCCGCCAAGCGCCUGAGGUCGAGGUACCGUGGGGGUCCCCGGGAGGGGAGCGACAGCGAAGACUCGAGCUCGAGCGGCGAGGGCGGCGAGGCGAGCGCGGAGCCCCGCAAGCCACGGGGGACGCCCGCCAGGCAGGAAGACGUGGCCAAGCUCCUGCGUCAGCAGGCCGAGAUCCUGGAGCUGCUGCGCGCCAAGCACGGCAUGCAGCCCUCCAAUGGGCAAAGUGCCUGA